CAAUCACACUCACUUCCCUCUCGCUCACUCACACACACAAACACACACUGACACAUGAGACACUGAACGCUUUGGGAGCCGAAUCAAGAACUCAGAAAAAAGAGGAGAGCACACACACACACAAUGAUAUUUAAAUCAUUUGUGCCUGCGUGUUUGCUGCUGCUUUGGACACUGCCAGACACAGCAGCAGUUGACAAUAUUUCAGUCUCAACAACAUUAGAAGGGAUUAAAUUGACCUGCAGGGGCGAAAAUGCCUUUUUCCCAAUAACUGAUGCGGCAUCUCAGAGUCUGCUCUACAAAGAUGAGAAUACAGGAGAAUACCAUUGCAUCAAAAAGGGAACGAACGAGACGGUCGCCACGAUCUUUGUGAAAUUUCGGACCUGUGACACCUGCAUCGAGCUGGACCCUGCUUCCAUAGCCGGCAUCGCUAUUGGAGAUGCGGUGGCAACAAUCGUGUUAGGAGUGGCUGUCUACCUUGUCGCGUCUCGGCCAGUUCCAGUCAGCUCUAACAAGAAAACUUCCAAUCGGCAGCCUCCAGCCGAGACCCGCAGCAGAGCCCCAAACGACCCAUACCAGCGUCUGAGAUUCAAAAAUGGUGCUCGGAAGGACGAGUACGAUGUUAUCGGCAACGCUAGAUAGAGAGAUGGACCCCCCCGCCCACAGUACGCUUCUUAAUGUGUAGCAUGUGAUGCUCAACCCUAACCUAAUUUGCUCUUUACGAUACUCUUUAACAGAAAAUUGUGUUUAUUUUCACUGUGCUUAUUUGAUGAGCUUGUUGCAAGUGAAGUUCAGUAGCAACCAUCAUCAUUUUUAUUUUAGCAGUAUUUUGGACCAUGUGUUAUUUUCCUUAAUUAACCAUGUUCUCUCUUCAUAUAUGGGGCUACCUGUGUUACUGAAACUUUGCAAUAAAAAAAAAGCUUUUCUUGUCCGAUGACGCCUGCA